AAAAUCAUCACGAUCACCGUGAAAAAUCACGGUGAUUUGAAACGCACGUGAUCGAAUCACUCGUGAUCGAAAAGUAGCAGUAUACGCCAUCUCUUCAAGUAAGGCAACAACUGCAAUAACGGAGUUCAUCACGGUACGGACCGCACAGACACAAUCUUAUAUACCACGUGGUAACGCGGUAAGAAUGCCGUCUAAGCCUAUAUAAGAUUAUUAUAAGACUGUGAUAAAAACUAUAACAAUGACAAAGACGAAGCGGUAAAUUUAAUUGUACAUAAAAUGACUUCCAUAACGAACAGCAGUAUUAAAUUGCCAAGAUAUGAAAGUUUUAUCUAUUUCUCAUUGUGGAUUGGUGCAGUAUUGUAUUCUGUUUAUAAUGUGUACUUAAUUAAUCCUUAUUUUAAUUAUUACGAUGAUUUGUACGGAGAUUUUGCACCAGGAUGGAGUUGGAUCGGAAGGAAACGAGAUAUUUCCGAUCAAGAAUGGAGAAUGUGGAUACCGUUGCUAAUAAAAUUAGCACCUUGGAUAUUUCUUCAUCAUUUCAUUAGCCAAACCAUCAAAAUUUUAAUCAAUUCCAUGCUAGUAUUAUGUUGUUGGUACAUCGUUGUAGCCAUAACAUUUUCGUAUUUUAAUAUUGGAACAUUAGGCAUGUUGUGUAUAUUACUACAACCCUGUAUGUUGUAUAUUUUAACGUACAAACGCAAAAGAUCUAGUAUAUGGUUGGUACAUGUACUAUGUUUGUUUGUAAUACAUUUUCUUAAAAUUCCGGACGGUACCUUUCAAAAUAUGUUUCAAUUUAAUGACGAAGAACAUUAUAUUUUAAUGGUUACAAUGUGUUGGAUUCAGUUAAGAAGUAUAAGCUGUAGUCUAGACAACACAAAAAUAUAUUUAGAAAAUACUCCUGAUGAUACGUAUCCUUUUUUAAGAAAUCUAUUAUACAAACUAGCAUAUUGCUUAUAUUUGCCUACAUUAUCCUUGGGGCCACUAGUCCUGUAUCAUGAAUUUAUAGCUUCCGUAAAUCAAGUAUAUGAUGUACUGAAACUUUCAAACGUUAGACAUUUGGCCUUCAAUUUGGUCAGAUACAUCUUCUGGAUAUUUUUCACCAAUUUCUUUUUACAUUUUAUGUAUUUCAAUGCAGUACAAUAUCAUCCAGAGCUUGUCCGGAGUUUGAAUCCAUGGGCUUUGUAUGGAUUAGGAUAUUGUCUGGGACAAUUUUUCUUAAUCAAAUAUGUUGUGGUAUAUGGGCUUAAUCAUACAUUGUGUGCAAUAGAUUGUGUUAAAGCUCCACCUCAGCCUAAAUGCGUAGCAAGGAUUCAUUUGUAUUCUGAUAUGUGGAAGUAUUUUGAUCAGGGUUUAUACAAGUUCCUUGUGAGAUACAUUUAUGUACCUUUGUUAAAAUCGAAUUUCAACAAACUGAUCGCUUCUUUCUUAUGCUUCACAUUUGUUUUUAUAUGGCAUGGAAUGCAAACGAAUAUUUUUAUUUGGGCAUUUAUGAAUUUUAUAGGAUUGAACGUUGAAAGUUCAAUUAAAUCAGCUGAAAGAAGUAAAUCCUAUUUAAAUGUACAUAAAAGAUAUAUGUCAAAAACGAACAUCAGGCGAUUGAAUUGUAUCUUGACAAGUCCUCUUUUAGCUGUGUCAGUGAUAUCCAAUUUUUAUUUCUUUGCUGGAGAAGAAAUUGGACAUAUUUAUAUCUACGAAAUAUUACAUGAUACAUGGUAUACUACAUUUAUAUUACUUUUCUUUCUUUAUUGCUGCUGUCAAGUUUCUAUAGAUAUAAAAAGCUGGGAAUUGAAAAGAUACUCGAACCUGAAGCAGUGAGCGAGUGUUGUACAUCAAUGUGUGAUAUAUUGGAAUAAACAGAUUUUUCGUUUGAUUAUCAAAUAGUUU